GUCAAAACAAACAUAUGUUUCUGUGCUUUGUGCUUCUGAACCAAACUACUGCCUAAAUUGAGUAAAUUUAAUAAUUUCUUCUCAGUUUCUCUCUGGAUUCCAAACCUCACUUUGUCUCUGUUAGCAAGAAGAAAUCGGACAUUUUAUCCUUAUGUGACUCAAUUUCUACUCAUCAAAUUAAUAUUGGACCUUCUAGUUUCCAAGAUACAUCUAACUUUACAAAUUUGAGCCCCCUAGAACUUGUGAAUCUGCUUAAAUGGGUCUCUCAAGUCUCCCGGCUCCAUCAGAAGGAUUUAUGUGUGUCAUUUUGGUAAACACAGCUCUUUCGGUUUCAAUCAUCAAGGGCCUAGUAAGAUCCAUCCUCCAAGUAGUUGGCAUACGCCUCUCAUCAUCAUCCUCACCUUCACCUGCAUCAGAAGAAUACAUUGAAGACCCCUCGGAAACAUUCGAGCUGCAUCUUUCUUCCUCUGGCAGUUACAUUGAGGAGAUCAGGAACCGCAUUCCAGCCAUUCGGUUUGAUAGAUUGUGUAGCCUCAAGACGGAGCAUGACUGCUCUGUUUGCUUGAGUGAGUUCCAGCCAGAAUCCGAGAUAAACCACUUGACUUGCGGCCAUGUUUUCCAUCAAGAUUGCUUGGAGAAGUGGUUGAACUACUGGAACAUUACAUGCCCUCUUUGUAGGACUCCAUUAAUGCCUGUGGAGGAGACCUCCUGCUUUUGGUGAACAAUUAUACGAGCAUGCAAAGUCAUUGAGGCCUCAUGUUACUAUUUAGUGUACAGGUUUUUUUUUUUUUUUUACAAGAACGCGUCAGCUGGCCGUAGUGUUUGUUAUACCUGUGUUUAUGUGGGAGCUAGGUAAAACUGUUAGUGUGUUGAUGUAUCUGUCUUUCGACCCAAAGUUUUACCGUUGUACAUAUUAAGAAGUUACCGAUGUUUACCCAUCCACUUUCUUCUUCGA